AACAUCUAGGGCAGGGAAGGGGUCAGAGUGGAACCUUGAGAGGCAAGCUGAGCUCUGAGGGGAUAGACGAAAACAAAGAGAAAGGAGAACAGCUUGAGCUGGAGGGAGGGAGGAGAGCAGGAGAGAAGGCGCCAGACACAGCUCCAGAGAGGCAGACGGCUGAGUUAGCAAACACUGAGAAAACAGCAAGAAGACCCUCAAGGCAAGCGGGCCAGGAGCUAGAGGCUCAGGUGUAGGAAAGGGGUGUUGCAUCAGGCGGGCGAAUGUCUCACUUCUCCACACCCCAGAUUCUCCUGCUUGCUCUGUUUGUUUGCUGGUUCCUCCUUGUCUUGACUAGGUGUGCUCUGGCAGGUCAUACUCUCUCUGACGGCUGAGCUGGUCCCACCAUGGGCCCGUCCAGCGCCUUCCUCGUCUUCCUCGGCAUUCUGUUCUUCUCAGGGGUGCCGGGUCUCGCCACUUCCCCAGACAGAGGGCACCUCCACUGUUACACCUGCAGCUUUGCCAAGCCCUGCUACCCUGUCCCCAAGGAGUGUCAGGAAGAUGAGGUGUGUGGUAUCAGUGUUGGCACCUUGGACGGAAGUGAGGAGGUCAUCGAAAGGAAAGGCUGCCUCCCAAGGGCCCAGUGCCCUCUGCUGGGCCGUGCUACCUACUGGUCGCAGGCCUAUACUCUUCGGCACCGGUGCUGUGAGCAGGAUCUAUGCAACACCGCAGCCUCCCAGCCACUCCCAAGCCUCCCUCUAGCCGCCCUGCUACUCCUGGCAGCCUUCUUCGGCUGGGGGGUACAGAUCUUCCUGUAGCCUGUGAGUCCAGGACGGUUAGCCCAGGACUCUGAGUCACCGAGGACUCGGAAACACCUGCACAGAGACUUCUGAGACAUGCUCAAGGGUGCGGCUUUGUGUGAAAACCCUCAGCCAUCGAACCCGACCCCUCCACAGACCUGAUGGCUACCGCUGGAGUUCUGCUUCCUGCAGGCCUGUGUCGGGAGCCUCGCCUCAUAAGAAAGCCCUGCUGUCUUUCCUCUAGAUGUCCCAGGUCAGCUGCCCUGACUGAGCCCAGGCAAAGGGACGGAAGUGGUGCUGGGGCUGCUGGGGGGUAGAGCACUUUGAGGAAAGAUGUAACUUGGUACCCCAGGGUCUCGAGAACGGAGUACAGUUAAUAAAAGGGCUAAUGGGUAGAGAUGUAGCCCAGUGAUAGAGUGCUUGCCUGCCAUACCCAAGGCCUUGGGUUCAAUCCCCUGCACCACCCCAAAAUAAAUAAAUACUAU